ACCGCCGUUUACAAUGACGGAAGAACGAAGCCAACGAAUCGAUAGCGCGCUUUCUUCAAUAGUGGAAGCCAUAAUACCGGCGAAUCUAGAUGAAGACGAUGAGACAGCUGAUGGGAGACACGAAGCGGCCUUGGAGAGGGCGAGAGCUAUAAUCAAGAGGUAAGUUAAAGGGGGAAUUGAACAUUGGCCGUGGAAGAGUUAUUGACACUUUGAGCGGCAGUCACGGACAGCCCAGCAUUGUACCGGAUGUGCAGCAUAUUAGUGACAUGAUCAAAAAGAGACGUGCGUUUCCUAUGAGGCUACCCCACGAUGUUGACAGCGGUUGACACUAAUACGGGCGCUAAGGUAUCAGUCGUUAGGGAUAAUAAGACUCCUGAACUUGCAUUGAAGUUUUCGACUCUGUACACGAGGCUCCUGAACCAACGAGUUUUGUCGCAGAAAUGGGCCAUUCUUUAUUUGCUCCACGAACUUUCAGACUCCCCCAAAACCAGGCCUUCAUCGGCAGCAGGGAUUCGAGAAGGCGUGUUCUCAGAAGCUGGCGUUAUCGGGACUCAAAGGAUGGAAUCAGUGGGAGAGCAUGCUUUUUCCGAGGCCUUUAGCUAUAUGGGCCUUCAUCGAUUACCAGGUCGUGAUUCUGCCCGGGGACCAGGAACUGGUGGGCUUGCGGGGGGUGACUUGGGUUCACAGUGGAAUAGUUUUGGACAAAGCAAGGAGGAUGGUACUAUGAAAACUAAAGCUGAGCUUCUCACCGAUAAAUACGGGGACUCUGGUGCUUUUUCCUCCGGCUAGCUAAUUCCAAGGAGACAGCUAACCUUAUGAUAUUUAGAACCAACUGAGCAGGCCCUUUUGUCCUCAUUACCUUUUACCCUUCUCGGACUCUCCUCUUCUCACCUCCCCUUUACAACAUCGAGCGUAUCGGCUCCGCCUUCUGGGCGCGAUAUUUCGACGACUCAGAAGUACGCGAUUUCAUUACCACCAACUUUGCCACUGCCGCUUGUGUCAUUACUACAUACCCUGGCAGAACCUUCGCUUCUCUACCGAUGUCUCAACGAGUUUGUACAAUCAUCAUCUGAAGGUGGCACCGACGGCGGAUUGGUAGGCCAAUCGCUCAAGUCCGCAAUUGGAAUAGAGCUUCGGGGCUAUAUUAAUCUUGUUGGCUGUUUGGAGAAUGAAAUCAGGAGUGCAGUUGCGGCUGCCGAGACUACCAUCGGUGUAAGGACCGCAGGGGUUACGUUGAAGAGAUGUGUUGUGUGGACUCGGGAGGCAACCAUGGGCCUACGCCUGAUGAGUUUGAUAGUGGAGCAAACUAAUGGUGCGUCAAUGGAUUUUACCAUUAUCCUCUCCUUUUCCUAACCACGGUUUAUUAAAAUUGUUAGAAUAGAUAAAAAAGGCGGUCAACUCAUUUCGACGAUUCACAGCUUCGCGUCAUCACACGGGGACCCAUUCGUACAUGCGUUUGCAGAACGACUGUUGGGCCAUGUUACACGACCCUUUUAUGAUAUGCUUCGACACUGGAUCUACGAUGGGGAGCUUACGGAUCCUUAUUUGGAGUUUUUCGUUAUCGAGCAGCCCAAUCUGCCUGAUGGAGGCAACAAGGGGGGUGCUUCCUCAGUAUGGGAGGAUAAAUACACCAUCCAUUCGCCUCAGGUGCCCACUAUUAUGACGGAGUCAUUUGCGAAAAAAGUAUUCCUGAUCGGCAAGUCCCUUAACUUCAUCCGACAUGGUUGCAGUGAUUCGGAGUGGGUAGAGAGCUACUCAAAGUCAACAUCUAAAGAAUUAGGAUAUGGGGAUACUGCAAGGUUGGAAAUGAGCAUCGACGAGGCGUAUAAGACAACGAUGGCCAGGCUUAUUGAACUGAUGGGGAGUAAAUUCAAACUAUUUGAUCACCUUCGAGCGCUCAAAAAAUAUCUUCUUCUCGGCCAGGGUGAUUUUAUUGCGUUGCUUAUGGAGGGGUUGUCCGCUAGCCUGGAAAGGCCGGCAAAUACCUUGUAUCGCCAUAACCUAACAGCCCAGCUGGAACAUGCAAUCCGUGGGUCAAAUGCACAGUUCGACUCUUCUGAUGUCUUGAGAAGGCUUGACGCGAGAAUGUUGGAACUAAGCCAUGGGGAGAUCGGAUGGGAUGUGUUCACAUUGGAGUACAAGAUCGACGCGCCCGUGGAUGUUGUCGUUACGCCUUAUGGAAGUAGACAGUAUUUGAAGGUUUUUAACUUUUUAUGGAGAGUAAAAAGAGUUGAGUUUGCCCUUGGAAGUAGUUGGAGGCGAUUUAUGGCUGGAGCGCGUGGGGUAUUGAAGGCGGUUGAGGAUUUGGUGGGAGACGACUGGAAAAAGGCUCGCUGCGUUGUCGCGGAAAUGGUUCACUUUGUUAACCAACUGCAAUACUAUAUCUUGUUCGAGGUAAACCCCAUUAUUCUGGCGUAAGUUGGGGCAAGUUUUCUCACAUCAGUUACUAUCAUGAAGGUUAUCGAGUCUUCCUGGGAUACUCUCCAGACGGCGAUAUCUAAGCCGGAGGCGACCCUGGAUGACUUGAUCGAGGCACAUGCGAAAUACCUGCAACAUAUCACACACAAGGGCUUGCUUGGGAGCACUAGUUCCAGGAGUAGCGGUAAAGGGAAGAGGGCAGGCACCGAUGGUGAUGAUACUUUCAUGACCCAACUUCACGAAAUAUUGAAGAUAAUGCUUGCCUACAAAGAUGCCGUAGAUGGCCUUUAUGGAUAUAGCGUUGCGGAGUAUACUCGAAGGCAGGAGAGGGGCCAGAGGAUCGAAACAAGGACAAAGAAAGGCGAAUGGGGCAUCAGAGAAGCAGAUGAGGAGGGCGAGGUAUCGGGAAAAGGGUCUAGUCCCGAAGAUAUGAUGCUGCCGAGUUUACGACAAAGACUGAAGACACUCUCGGGGGAUUUUCAGGCCAGAGUAGUGGUCCUCUUAGGUGACCUAGCAUACCAGAGUGACAUGGACAUGAGGCUUCUAGGAGUGUUGCUGAGCUUCAAUGAGUAUGUUCAUUUUUUGGCCUUUGUAUCCACGAUUAAGGCUAACGAGAAAAGGUAUUAUCCGGUCGUCAAUAAAAGAAGGGUGAGGGGCGAGAGGGAAAGGAGGAAUACCCCACGGACGCAGCCUGGCAUAAAGCCUAAAACAAGAGAGGGCUCAACAGGAGAAUCCGCUACCGGCAGUGGGGUCCAGGAAGGAGAAUAGUACGGUAGACCAGUUCUUUUUCCAGUAAUGCCAUUAUUUCAUAAGUUUUCUCUUAUGUCCGGGAGCAGGUGGAGCUUUGUAUUUAGAUAUUAAUUACCGGUAGCCGUCAAUCCUUAACCAGCAACAAUUGUUGCACGAGUUCCUAAUGUGAGGUAAGAUUGUUUGACAACGAACGAGAUAGGGAGCUGAUUUCCCACCAUAAGCUGAAGGGGGGAAGUUGAGGUAGGAUACAAGAACUACUCACGGCUCUCUAUCUAUCCACACUCAU